UGCUUUACUAAUGUGGCGUUGGAUGGUACCUAGGUACCUGAUUGUAGAUCUGGACAGCUUUAUCUUGGCUUCCCGUCCUGCCGUCAUAAGCCAAAAAGAUCCACUUACAAAGCAUCCAUCCAUCCAUCAACGAUUCCAGCAACUUCGUUCAGUCUUGUCAACAACAGCAACAACACAAACACACAUCACCAAACGAGAUAGCCAAAAUGACUGUAAAUAUUAGCUCUUCGAAUGAGUGGCAGCGCAUAUUAGGGUCUUCGACCAUCGUGGUCACAGACUGUAAGUUUUUACCUGUCGCAUCGUUUGCGAUCUCACCCGACCGCUUACAAAUGAUCAUGUAGUCUACGCCGACUGGUGCGGUCCUUGCAAAAUGAUCGCGCCCACGUUCGAAUCGCUAGCGACGAAAUAUUCUAAACCCGGCAAGAUCACCUUCUGCAAGGUCAACGUCGAUAACCAACAAUCUAUCGCCCAGAGUCAUGGCGUGCGCGCCAUGCCGACCUUCCUCAUAUUCAAGAACGGUUCCGUGCUCGAAACGAUCCAAGGCGCGAACCCCCCGGCCCUGACUUCCGCCGUCGAAAAGGCCGUCAAGUUGGCCAACGUGAGUGCGCCGGGCGCAUCUUUCACUACACCCGGAAGAACAUUAGGAGGCGGCUCGCCAUCUUCUAGUACACCGGCGAGGCGAGGAGGUCAGUCGCUAGGCGGUCAGCCGUGGAAGUUUAGUCCUUUCAAUAUCAUCAACGCUAUUCUCACAUUCUUCGGACUUUACUUCGUGUCGCUUUUCUCGGUAAGUCGUGCCCUUGUAACUACCUGUGUUUCGCAUUCGGUAAAAUACUCAACAUGGUAUUAACAAUAUCAAUUAGUUUGAUCCAUAUAAAGCGGCCG